AUGACCGGUAACGAGUUUCGCUUUUUCUUGUCCUGCGACAUCAAUCUUCCAGUCACUUUCCGCGUCGAGCGAUUAGAAGGCAAUUUCCCUCUUCCCAAAUUCCCCAAUUCAGAAAAUAAUGCCCCCACCGAGAAUAGAACAUCGGAGUUGUACGUGGAGUGUGCGUUGUACAUCGAUGGUGCACCGUUUGGCCUUCCCACCGGAACAAGAUUGGAGUCCACUGGACCACCAUAUUGUUGGAAUGAGCUCAUCACUUUAACAACAAAAUAUCGGGACUUAACUGCUCAGUCACAACUCACAUUCACUGUUUGGGAUCUUUCACAUGGUGAAGGAUUGAUUGGAGGAGCCACAAUUCUUCUCUUCAAUAACAAAAAACAGCUCAAAACUGGGAAGCAAAAGCUUAGGCUUUGGGCAGGAAAAGAGGCAGAUGGAACAUUUCCUACCAGUACACCUGGAAAGGUCCCUAGGCAUGAGCGUGGAGAAUUGGAGCGGUUGGAAAAGCUUGUGAAUAAGUAUGAACGAGGUCAAAUUCAACGAGUGGACUGGCUGGAUCGCCUCACAUUUAAAAGUAUGGACAGAAUCAAGGAACGUGAAAGCUUGAAAAACGGAAGUUCUCAUUACCUGGUUGUAGACUUCUGUAGCUUUGAGCAUCGAGUUGUUUUUCAGGAAUCAGGUGCAAAUUUUUUGUUGCCGUCUCCUAUAGCUUCAACCAAUGAUAUUGUUAUUGUCUGGGAUCCAGAAGUGGGAAAGAUAAAUCCCUCUGAGCACAAACAGUUGAAGCUGGCCAGGAGUUUGACUCGUGCCGUCAUAGACAGGGAUCUGAAGCCAAGCUCAAAUGAGAGAAAGUAA